GAACCGUUAGGGUCAGCUUUUUUGGUGGCUUUUCCACUAUAUGAAGAAGAUCUGCAGUAGGUCUGAAUAAUUUAUGUCAAAGGCAUACUUUACCCUUCGAUUAGAUAAACAGUGCCCCAGAUAUAUCUUGACUAACAUGAGUUCACUCGGCUUUCAUCGCUUAUUAGGCUCUGCCAAAGAGAAAGCACCAUCAUUGCUUACAGUUUCUCUUGUCUGUGUGUUAGAAUUCCUGCAAGCCCUUUCAAGAAGCCCUUCUCCUAGGGUUUCUUUUAUGGGGUUGCACCUGCUUGAAUUCAACCCUGAUAUCAUUCCAUAGCACUCAUCUAUGUACUUAUGCAACUCUGAAAGUUGCAAAAGUCACUGCAAUUGUUGCAAAUUAUACAUGUUAGUAUUUGGGUCUUCCAACAGAGUCGUGGGUACGGGUCUUCACGAGCGCGUUCUCAUUUCAACCUUUUGU